CUGCUUUGCGAGGUGAUUGACUGGAUUCUAGCGGUAUUCUAUCCCGUCUACUUCCAUUCAUCAUCGCUUCUUGUACGCCUAUUGCCGUUCAUUAUUGGAUUCAUAUUUUGCACAGCUGUUGUUACUGGACUGAUCAUUAUUGAUGCCAACACUGAAGCAAUGCCAUGUGUAUCAUCACGGACAGAUACGGCCGUUUUCUUCACGUAUGACAUUUCGCUUGCUUUGGCAACUAUCUGUAUGGUAGCAUUUGUAGGUCUAUUGGCUAGGAAACUGAAUAGUUCACUGUAUAAACCUGUUUUGUUCCAUUUCGUCUCGACUUUGAUCUUGAUAGAGAUUCCGCUGCUGGUAUUGAUUGUGUUAAAAGACGUUGGUAACAGCAAAUCUGUCGUUACGGCUGCCGACGUUACCAGUCUACUUGUUGUAGCACAUGCGAUUUUCCAUUCCGGAUUUUUUAUAUAUAACCAUGAAGAUUAUCGAGUAAGUAAGCAAACGGUAUUGUGA